UGUCCCCAAGAAAGAGAGGGUYAGUGGGCGAUUUGGAAAGAGGACGAAGUCUAAAUAGAUGCAGUAACAAUCUGGUUGGCAACUAUUUCCCAGAUUUUUUGCUCAAAAUGUUUUCAUCGUGGACAGGAGACGUGCGAUGGACGAAGCUGAGACAGUUCGACAGUAGUGACGGUGAAACCAGGAAAGUCGUGCCUCACACUGCUAGCGAUGAUAGUGAUGAAGAAUGGUUGGCACAACUCGAAAGAGAUUACGCAGCGUCUAACAGAAAACGUUAUCGAGGCAAAUGCACUUUUAUUGAACGAUGUUUAAUAACUGCUUUAUCUAUAACUAUAGUCAUAACGAUUAUUUUAGCUUCAGUAAUGAUUGCCAGGAAAUAUGGACCCAGUAUCCAAUUUAUAGACCGGCCAAAAACACUUGAGUGCGAGUCUAAAGGCUGUAUAUCAGCCGCGUACAGUGUUAUAAACAAAAUAGACGAACAAAUCAAGCCUUGCGACGAUUUCUAUCAAUAUGUUUGUGGUAAAUGGGUCAGGGAUUCCUUUGUACCCAGUGGAYUCAAGAAAUACACCUCUUUUCAUCAAGUAGCAGAACAAAAUGAAGGAAAACUUAAAGCGAUCCUUGAUCGCAGUGAUCUAACGAUGAAUGAAAGUGCAAAAGUCAUCGACAAAGUUAAAAACUUCUAUACUGCUUGUCUUAAUAAGACAAAGAUUGAUUUGGCUGGGAAUGAGCCUAUCUUCAAGCUCAUAAAAGAUGUGGGAUCCUGGCCUCUCACUGGAGGGACAUCUUGGAGCGCAGAGAGUUGGAACUUUGAACAAGCUUUAAGUGCGAUGCACAAGUUGCAGAGUACACCKUUGUUUUACAUGUUUGUAUCGAGUGAUGAUAGAAACUCCAGUGAAAAUAUCAUCCAGAUUCAGCAAGCUGGUAUAUCGUUGUCCGACAGAGAAUACUACUUAAAAAAUGAAUCUUAUAAGAUAGCAAACGGCUACAAAGCUUUCAUGRGAAAGAUUGCCAUAAUGCUUGGAGCAGACGAGAAUACAACSAAGGUACAAAUGGAAGAAGUCUUUGAAUUCGAGAAGAAGUUAGCCGAGGUUUACGAACCAAAGCUGCGCGAUUCAGAGUCUGCCUAUCAUAGGAUGACAAUGGAAGAUCUACAACAGCUUGCGCCUGCUAUUCCAUGGAUGGAUUACAUGAAUAAUAUCUUUAGUACACCAGUCAGUCACGAUGAGCCAGUUGUUGUUUAUACACCUACAUUUCUGAAAAAUAUGUCUGAGCUCGUAAUACGAACAGACAGAAGGAUUUUAGCGAACUACAUGGUGUGGCAUCUUAUCAAGCCUCUACUCAGUGAGCUACCAAAGCCUUUCAAGGACGCUAGCUUAGACUUCCUUAGAAUAGAACAGGGAAUAGAGGGUGGGGCACCCACGUGGAAGACAUGCAUUACUAAAACAGAUAAAGUGAUGGGGUUUGCUACGGGAUAUCUUUACACCAAAACUCACGAAGGAAAGAAAGUGAAAGACGAGGCCGAGCAAAUGAUUCGUUACAUUAAAGAGUCUUUCAUAACCAACCUUGAUGAMAUCAAAUGGAUGGAUAAAGACACCAAGAAACUUGCAAGGCAAAAGGCAGAUGAAGUUGUCCACAUGAUUGGAUACCCWGAGUGGAUCGCAAACCCAGAAAAAUUAGACAAAUAUUACGAAAAUUUGACAGUUUCGCCCGAUGAUAGUUUUGAGAAUCUGCUSAACGCUCGCCGGUUCUACCAUCAAAGAUCAAUGGACAGAAGGGGUAAAGAGAUCGACAGGAAAGAAUGGCACAUGACUCCAACAGCAGUAAAUGCAUAUUAUAAUGCACCGAAUAACUACAUAGCAUUUCCUUCAGGAAUUUUACAGCAACCAUUUUUUGACUCUGAAUUUCCAAGGGCUGUCAAUUAUGGCGCUAUUGGAGUCAUCAUGGGACACGAGCUGACGCAUGGCUUUGACGACAAAGGAAGAAAAUUCAACAAAAAUGGUAAUAUUGAGUCUUGGUGGAAAAACGAGUCAGCGGUUGCUUUCAAAGAGCGCUCUUCGUGUAUGGUGGACCAGUACGCGAACUACACGGUUGCUGGGCAACGCGUGAAUGGCAACCAGACUUUAAGCGAGAAUAUUGCCGACAACGGUGGCUUAAAGUUGGCUUAUAAGGCAUAUCAAAAGUGGAUAAGUGACCAUGGCAACGAGUCAAAGCUACCUGGCCUGGAUAUGACGUCAGAUCAGCUUUUCUUCGUUGGUUUUGCGCAGGUGUGGUGUGUUUCGUCAAACAAGGAAAGCAUUAGAAACGCACUUCUCACAGAUAUUCACAGUCCUGAGAAAAUCAGGGUUCAAGCAGCAGUGUCCAACUCACGAGAGUUUGCCAAGGCAUUCAAAUGUCCAGCGGACAGUCCCAUGAAUCCAGCACGCAAAUGUGAAGUUUGGUGAUGACGUCAUCAAAUCUAAUCUAAAAAAAGGUUGAAGGCUAAAACAUCGCUAAAUAAACCUUUUUUGCUGAAUCCAUUUAUCGCUUUUAUAACAAUAGUUUUUGUAGCUGUCUCUUGGCCAGUAUCAAUCAACAUAUAUUUCGUACAUAUUAUCGAGAAAAUUAAAAAGUUUAAAACUUGAUUUUACUUCAAACUGACUAUAGGUACUUCAGUGAAAUCACUUUUAAUUCUUUAUAGUUUUAUAAAAAAAUUAACAUAAUACCAAACACAAAGUGUUUCAAAGCUUUCAGAGAAAGCAGCAUAUUAAUUAAUUGUAAAAUGUUUUUACACUCUUAAACUGAUUCAGUAAAAGAUAUCAAUAGCGAAACAUUUGUAGAUAAAAAGCUUUAAUAUCAAUAUGCUUUGAAUCAUAUAUACUAAUGUGGGGUACACGAAUAAAUAAACGAAUUAAUAAAA